UUUAGAGGGGUUUGAGGUUAUAUUGAGAAGGGGUACUAGUGUGUAGUUGGUGUGUGAGCUAAGUCUUAUCAAGAUUGAACUAGGAAUUUGGCCAUGGGUUUCAUUUGAGGAGUUUCAGAUGUGUGGAAGAUGUCUUUACCCAUGAGGGGGUACUUGCCGGUGUACAUUCCAGCUCGUCAGAAGGGAUUCCUUCCAACGAGCUGGUAUAUAAUCCAGCUUGUCGGAAGGGGUUCCUUCCGACAAGCUGGUAUAUACACCAGCUCGCUGGGAGGAAAAUCAGUGGGACCAAAGCAGGAGCAGGAGGAGGCAGAAGAAGAAUUGCAGUACAAUACAAUCAUCAACUCGAUCCUUCACAACUCCGUCAGAGUCUUGGCUUGGUUGCCCGUCCAUCACGACUUCGACACCCGCUUCUCCUGCCAGGCUCGCCAUUAUAAAUACUUCUUCUCGCUCUACAAAUCUCCCCAGGCGCCUGGAUUGGACAUUGAGGCCAUGAAAUGGGCCGCUCAUCGACUCAUUGGCGAACACGACUUUCACAACUUUUUCAAAAUCGACCCUUCUAAACAACUCACCCAUUUCCGGAGGAAGAUCCUUUCUGCUGAAAUCAAGCCCGUCCUCAAUCCUCAUCAUCUUCUUCAGCAGCAGCCCUCCGGUUCUUCUGGAUCAGAAAAAGAUCUUCAGCCCCAGAUUUACCCCGACGCUUUGUCUCCAGAAACUUUGUCGGAAGGAACCCCUUCCGACAAGCUGGAUUAUGAGCUGGUUUGA